GGCGGCGGCUGUGCUGCGAGGUGUGCGAAGCCCCGGCCGAGCGGGUGUGCACGGCCUGCACGGUCACUUAUUACUGGUAGGCCCUUGAAAUGCGGCACCUGGGUGCCUUGCGCAGGGCGUAGCGGCGGCCCUGCCCGGGAACACUCCCGGCGGCUCCCGGACAGCUCCCCGGGACUUCUGCGUCCGCACCCCCGGCUCCCGCUCCCUCAUUCGUCACCUGAGGUUUUGUUGACCGCCUCCUGCACGCGGUGCAUCGUCCUGGCCGCCGAAGUUCCUGGGGGAUACUUGGCGGACUGUGCCCCUCACUUACUAAUGUGGGACAGGUAGACGAGUAAACAAAGAAAAUAAGCAGUUUGGUUCAUCAAAGAGCUGACUGGAGCAGCAUCCAUGAGAAGAUAUGUCAGCUGCUGAUCCCGCUGCGCACUUCCAUGCCCUUCUACAAUUCGGAGGAGGAGCGGCAGCAUGGCCUACAGCAGCUCCAGCAGCGGCAGAAGCAUUUGAUUGAAUUCUGCUACACCGUAGCCCAGAAAUACCUCUUUGAAGGAAAACACGAAGCUGCCGUUCCAGCAGCUUUGCACUCGCUUCGCUUUCGCAUGAGUGUGCACGGCCUGAGCUCAGUAGAGCUUGUACCUGCUUACCUGCUCUUGGCCGAGGCGAGCCUUGGUCUGGGCCAGAUUGUUCAAGCUGAGGAAUAUCUAUCCCAAGCCCAGUGGACAGUCCUCAAAUCAACUGAAUGUUGUUGUGCCACCCAAUCUUUACUGCAUCGGAACCUGGGACUUCUCUCUAUAGCUAAGGAGAACUAUGAGGAAGCCCGUUAUCAUCUGGCCAAUGAUAUUUAUUUUGCCAGUUGUGCAUUUGGAACAGAGGACAUCAGGACCUCGGGGGGCUAUUUCCACCUGGCUAAUAUCUUCUAUGGCCUUAAAAAGUUGGACCUAGCAGACACGUUGUACACCAAGAUUGCUGAGAUCUGGAGUAAAUACCUGAACAAUCGCUACCAAGUGCUCUCACAGAAUCGCAUCCAGCAGAUAGACUUACUGGGCAAACGAUUUGAGACCGACACUGGCUUGGAUGAAGCCCAGGAAGCAGAAGCCAUUCAGAUCCUGACCUCAAUCUGGAAUAUUCGAGAAUCUACAUCCAACACAGACCCCCAAAAAACAAUCUUUGUUCUGAAAAUCCUGGUCAUGCUUUACUACCUGAUGAUGAAUUCUUCAAAGGCACAAGAAUAUGCCAUGAGAGCCUUCAGUCUAGCCAAAGAACAGCAUCUCAGUGUCAACGAACAAAGCACCAUUGAAGACUUACUAAAUAUGAUCUCAGCUGAAGAAGCUCAUCCCAUUACUUAGUGACCCAUGAACUCUGCAUCAGGGAACCGUUCAAGGGGCUACUCAACAUCAAAUAUAUUCCAGCUUGCACAACUGCUUUGAGGAGCUUGCUGAAGCUCCUACUCAUUUCCCCUGGGCCUGCAUACAGAGUCAUGUUUUUAUUCUUACACAGAGUAUGGGAGGGAAUAUAGAGUUUUAGGCAUAGAAAUCAGUAAAACUGAUCUUUAUCAUGA